UCUCUCUCUCUCUAUAUAUAUAUAUAUAUAUACUUUCACAUUUUCGAUUGGUCUACAGAUCUCUCUAUUAUUUUUCAUCAAAAAUUAGAAGAAGAGAUAUAUAUAGAGAGAGAGUGCCCUUUGUGUAUAUUAUUGUUUGAAAGAGAUAGAGAAGCAGAGUGAGUGUGUGUGUGUGAAGAUGAUGUAUGAGCAGCAGCAGCAGCAGCAGCAAGUACGGAUUGAUAUGAGGAGUAAGAGGCAGAUGGAGAAGAGGAAGAUGAUGAUGAUGAUGAUGAAUAAUAACAAUAAUAGAGUAGUAGGGAUAGAAGUGGAGGAUGAGAAUAGCAUUGAUACUAAUAAUAAGGUGGAAGAAGUUGUGGAUCUGAGUGGUAUGUCUUUGGACACACUUCCCAAUCCGCCUCUCAAUUUAGCCAUCAUUUCCAAGUUAGACCUCUCCAAUAACAAUCUCCAGAGUAUCCCAGAAUCCUUGACAGCAAGGCUCCUGAACGUGGUCGUCUUGGACGUGCAUUCAAAUCAGCUCAAGUUCCUACCAAACUCCAUCGGAUGUUUAUCCAAGCUCAAACUCUUGAACGUUUCCGGCAACCUUCUUCACUCCUUUCCUAGGACGAUCGAGAACUGCAGGUCUCUUGAGGAGUUAAAUGCAAACUUCAACCAGCUAAGGCAGUUACCAGACACAAUCGGUUUCGAGCUAGUAAACCUCAAGAAGCUGUCCGUCAACUCAAACAAGCUAGUAUUCCUCCCCUACUCCACCUCCCACCUGACCAAUCUCCGAGUCCUCGACGCCCGUCUCAACUGCCUCCACUCCCUCCCCGACGACCUUGAAAACCUCAUCAACCUUGAAGUCCUCAACGUCAGCCAAAACUUCCAGUACUUGGCUACAAUCCCAUAUUCCGUAGGCCUUCUCAUAUCCUUAGUCGAAUUAGACGUCAGCUACAACAAGAUCACUACCCUACCGGAGUCCAUUGGCUGUCUCAAGAAGCUCCAAAAGCUCAGCGUGGAGGGAAAUCCACUCGUUUCACCCCCCAUGGACGUUGUCGACCGGGGAGUGAUGGUCGUUAAAGAGUACUUAUGCAAUAAGAUAAAUGGAACGCAGAAAACGUCCCCAAAGAAGAAGUCAUGGUUUGGGAAGCUGACUAAGUGUGGGACGUUUAACGGUGCGAGUUUACCGGUUGAUGGUGGAGAAGGGUACAUUAUGCCUAGUUAUAGGCCUAUCGAUGCCAUGACGUCGCCUAGAUACAUGGGGAUGUUCUCCCCGAGACGGCUUUUCUCGCCUAAAUCCUACUUCUCGCGGUGAAUUGUGCAUGGCUUGUGCUAGAAAUUUAGUACCUGCGGAGGUUCUUCUCAUCGGAAGAUCCUCGUUUUGCAUGUUUGAUUCUUGUAAUAUAGGUGCAUGUUUGUGUGUAUAUUGUGGUAUUAGUGUGUAUGCAGUGGGAGUUGUUUCUUUCUAGUGUUCAACCCUGAGGUACGUAUUAUGAAUGUUUGGGACGAGAGCAAACCUUGUUAAGAUAUAUGUGCACUCUUGUUUGUGUUCAUAGCUGAAAUUAUGUUCAGUUUAGCUUCA